GUGGCUUCCUUUGUGUUUGCCACUGACCGUCUAGCUGAACAGAAUAACGUUGACGAACGACGGUCCUGUCAUCAAAACUAUUGCAAAUAACAAAUGCAUCUCCACCAACGUCACUAAGUAAGUUGUAUCAAUAAAUUUGAUCACUUCUUGAACUUCGCGGGGAAGAGCCUGCCAAAAUGUCGCCUUGCAGCGGUCCUGUGACGAUGGGCACUACUACCGUCCCGGCCAGGGCGGGCGAACGGGACGAACGGAUCCCCGAUCAACCUCCCUCCGCCUGCUCAUCAGGCAGUCUGCCGUCCCAGAUCACGCGGCCUGCCAAGCACCCGGUGAGCAUGGACAAUUCUACAACCUAUUUGUCCCGCCGCGUCAACACGUUCCCGGUUCCGGAGUACCUGAAGCUGAUUUCACAACAGCCUUUGUACGAUCCCGAGACCAACCCGGAGGGGGUCAUUCGGUUCGGAGUGGCGGAGAACAAGCUGCUGGCGUCUCGAUUCCAACACCGACUCGAACAAUGCCGGGUCAAAGUAUCCUGCGGGACCCACUUUUCCUACGGGCACACCGACGGCACGCCGCAGCUCAAGGACGCCAUGGCGCGGGUGUUGUUAGACCACGUUUUUGUGGAAAGCGAUGAGGAUGAGGACGUUCCUCAUGUUGCUGCCUUGCCAGACGGCGACAAGGACAACCCUAACCCAACCACGAUCCCGCACGAGAACCUCUUUAUAUCCAACGGACUGGCCUCGAGCAUGCAAAUCCUGGCCCUCACGGUGGCGGACUGCGCGACGGACCGGGCCCCCGACGGCAGGACCGACGCCAUCAUGUACUUUUCGCCGCG